CACACACGCCGACAGCCCCUUUCAAUCUCUCACUCUCACUCUCUCCGUCGUCCGUUCCCGACUCUCUUUCCUACAACAAACAUGGCUGCAAAAUCGGACGGAGCAGCCCUGUCUGUGCAGACUACCGAGAACCCGGUACCACCACCACUCCGAUGUAUGGUCGCAACCGAGCCCGACCAUGGUCCCUCGUCGUGCCGCUAUGCUUCUAAGCCCUACUCGCUCCUGGAUUGCUGCUGGGUGUUGUGCUCACUGCUCGUCUUCUUUUCAGACGGGGCCACCGACCUGUGGCUUGCCGCGGACUACUACCUGAGACGGGACUACUGGUGGUUCGGGCUGACGCUGGUCUUCGUGGUGGUUCCCUCCGCCGUGGUUCAGGUGUUGAGUUUCAGGUGGAUAGUCUACGACUACACGGACAUCAGCGGCAGCAGCAGCGGGGCAGUAGCGGCAGUCAGUGCGGCGGCAGCAGCGGCUGCGGAGUCUUCCAAGGGAGGCGAGUGUAAUUUCAGCACCAAGGGCAGCACCAACACCAACAAACAGCGCGGUGGCGGAGCGGCCAAUGCUGCUACUGUUGGCGGGGUUGGAUGCUCGUCGGCGGGGCAGAAUGCGGCGGGGGCAGGGACUGAGAGCGGCACGCGGACAUGCUGCAGAGUGUGUAUGUGGCUGUUCCAGUCAAUUCUUCACCUCCUACAACUGGGCCAGGUCUGGAGGUAUGUCCACGCCCUCUACCUGGGCGCCCAGAGCAGUUGGCACGGCAACCGAGGUCACUUCCACUGGAGGUUGAUGUGUGAGUGUGCUGACAUCACCAUGCUGAGGCUGCUGGAGGCCUUCCUGAAGAGCGCUCCUCAGCUGGUGCUACAACUCAGCAUCAUGAUACAUGCCAACCACGUCCUGCCACUACAGGGUCUCUCUGCCUCAGCCUCCUUGGUCUCUCUGGCCUGGAUAAUAGCGUCCUACCAGAAGACUCUGAGGGACUCCAGAGAUGACAAGCUCCCGAUGUCCUACAAGGCUGUGAUUGUCCAGAUGCUGUGGCACUUCUUCACCAUCGGGGCCAGGACCAUCGCCUUCGCCCUGUUCGCCUCAGUGUUCCAGCUCUACUUCGGUAUCUUCGUCGUGAGCCACUGGUGCCUCAUGACGUUCUGGAUCAUCCAGGGGGAGACAGACUUCUGCAUGUCCAAGUGGGAGGAGAUCAUCUAUAACAUGGUAGUGGGCAUCGUCUACAUCUUCUGCUGGUUCAACGUCAAGGAGGGCCGCGCUCGCUUCAGGAUGUGGCUCUAUCACACGGUGACUCUGGUAGAGAACGUGUCCCUCAUCGCGGCGUGGUAUCUUUACCGCGGGCCGAACACCUCGGACUUUUACGCCCUCAUCGUGGUGUGUGUGGUGGUUUGUAGCUACGCUCUGGGGAUCUUCUUCAUGUUGGGGUAUUAUUGUCUCCUGCACCCUGACGGGCCGGUGUCCGCGGCUCAGUGGGGGGGGUGUGUGGAGGACGGGGGGUUGAUGGUGGAGUCCUGUGUGACCCCAGCCGAGGCAUCACCCCUCCCCCCUCCAGACGUGGUCACCAGCCCCCCUAGGACUCUAACUAGGACUGCAGGUACGGAUCGGGGCGAGGUGGUACCAGGAGAUCUAGCUGUGUUCCAGGUUAGAUCCACCACCACUACCUCUCCGGCCCUGGCCCCUCGGCCCCUCAGGACAGAGGGGCCAGUGAUCCGGAUAGACCUUCCCAGAAAAAGGUACCCUGCCUGGGAUGCUCACUUCAUCGACAGGCGGCUACGGAAGACCAUCCUUGUCCUGGAGAACACCUCCCCGGUCACGCCCAGGAUCCAAUACCGCAGUCUGAGCAAACCCAAGGAGGUUAUGGAGUAUGAGACUACCGUGUAAUGUAACGUAAUCUAGCUACACUACCUCCACCAGUACAGCAGGGGGCUCCACCAGCCAGGUGAAGAAAGAGAAUGAACCAUGGUACUCAACUCUUAUCCUCCUGUUUGAAGUAAAUUAAAGGGUGCUUGGAGACAACAGAGUAUACUAUAAGUGUACCUUACUCAAUCUGUGGGAAGGGGAGACAAGGGGAGUUGAGAGAAGAAGGUUGAGGAUGCGGUGCUAUUGGAGGACUGUGUACAGGUGUAAGACAGGUGUCAGGGAUUUACAGGUCAGGUGACGUGGGCGUGUCAGUAAAUGUACCUGUUUAUGACCAGUGCAUGUGUGGAGUGUUUCCGCUCAGCUGUUGCCAGGUAACACAUUCUGUGUGUACUAUAGGAGCCAAUCGGCUGUAGCCGAGAUCGAGGGUGAGAGGUGAAAGGUCAUCUAAGGUCACACCAGGUCGUGACCUUAUGGAGAACUGCAGGAGGAGACACUGAAACAAGACAUGGGUCAUGAGUCUCUUAACACUGAAACAAGAGAGGACAUGGAUCAUGAGUCUCUCAACACUGAAACAAGAUAGGACAUGGGUCAUGAGUCUCUCAACACUGAAACAAGAUAUGACCCAUGUCCUGAGUCUCUCAACACUGAAACAAGAGAGGACAUGGGUCAUGAGUCUCUCAACAAUGAAACAGUGAACACAGUCAUGUCAACGAUGAUGAUAGGUGACUGUUGUGAUGCUCAUGAUGAUGAUGAUGAUGAUGAUGAUGAUGGUGAUUGUGCAGCCUCGUCCCAGAUAUAUUUGUGCUAACUUCUAUGUUCAUUUUCUUGACAGUGACCGCAGGAGUUGACAAGACAUGAUGUUGUUGACAGUGAUGCUCAUGUAGAAAUAACUGGGAAGUUGUAAUUCAGCUGUUAUGAGGAAGGACUCAAAGCUGAUUGGGUAGAAAACGUUGUUGUCAUAGUAACAUGAAAACAGUGACAGUGGUGUGUUGAUGACCUGCUUCAGUGAUUGGAGGUUCGGUUUAGCAAAUUCAAAUCAUUCAUUACCUUUAUUCAUGUAUGAUUAUUUAUUGUCCUGUUUACUUGUAUAUUUUAAAAUCGUUUACUCGCUCAGUGGCCAUGCCUUUGAUAAUGUUUCUUAUCAAGGUGUAAACACAUACAGUGUCUUGCCAAAGUAUUCACCCACCUUGGUAUUUUUCCUAUUUUGUUGCCUUACAACCUGGAAAUAAAAUAGAUUUUUUUUU